AUGACCGAGUCUCCCAAAUCCGACAAGUACCCGGGUUUGACCCGGUACAGUACGCCCGUCCCCGAGCUGGACGAUCAUCGCUUCCACAUGGGUUCCUUUGAGGCCCCGGGGGACACCACCCUGAGCCGACAGAACACUCACCAGGGACCGAAAGGAGAGACCCUGGACCGUGCAGAUCUGCUCCACGUGCAGGAUGCCCUUCGGGAGGCGGGGCCCGUCUACCGAGACUUUGAGCAAGCCAUUGUGGACGACGAUCAACCCGUCAAUGAUGUCAAUGGAAUGGUGCGGCGUUUUUCGGCCACCCCUCGCCGAAUCAGCCGGGGCCAGCAAGAUCGCGCGGGGACCGUCUCGCGUAAAUCAUCGGUCUCGGCUCGGUCAUCCUCUCCACCCAACUCGGUGGACGCUUUCGCGGACCCGCGUCGUCGGGAGCGCGCAAACACCCUGGAUAGCCAUGUCGAUCUCGAUUUGGAAGCCAUUUUGCACCGGACCGUCUCCGGCGGUACGCAGGCUCGCCGCCCGACUUUCAGCAAUGCGAGCGUGGUCCGACCCCCUCAGCCGGGAGAUAUCCCGCUGGACUCAAAUGAAGAGCCCUGCUACGAGCAGCCUGGCCGAAUUCCCGUGAUUGACUACGAAGAGCUGGAGGAAUUCGUCGCCCUCAACCAGAACAUCAAGCCUACUGGCGACCGUCGCAAGCACAGUUUCAGCUCUCAGAGCAAGAAGCCUCGCGUUUUCCAUGACCUUCGCCCCGGUGCCAAAGACACCGAUGAUGAUGUUAGCCCUUCCGAUUCGUCUGAUUGCUGUGUUCUUGACUCCGAGAAGCCCAGCAAGGUUUUCGACGACAAGGAGCGGGUCGAGACGUUCCAAAAUACGAAUGAGCCUCGAUUUGGGUUCUUCUCAUCCGAGUCGCAGACCACGGUGCAUGCGGCGGAGCUGGGAGAUCUGGUGCUCCCCGGUGACAGCUUCCGAGAUUUGUUUCAACUGGGACCCGAAGGUGGUGUCUGGUGGCUUGAUGUCAUCAACCCAACCGAGGAGGAACUGGGCGCCAUCUCUCGAGCCUUCUCUAUUCACCCGUUGACAACGGAGGAUAUUUUGACUCAGGAAGCCCGCGAGAAGGUCGAGCUCUUCAAGCAGUACUACUUUGUCUGCUUCCGCACGUUCUACCAAGUGGACAAGAACAGCGAGGAUUUUCUGGAGCCUGUCAACUUUUACAUGGUGGUGUUUCGGGACGGGGUCUUAACCUUCUCCUUUGUUGAGAACCCUCACGCCGCCAAUGUCCGGAAGCGUAUUGGAAAACUGCGUGACUACAUGGCUCUCAGCAGCGAUUGGAUCUGUUACGCGAUGAUCGACGACAUUGUCGACAGUUUCGGUCCGGUCAUCCACGACGUGGAGGUGGAAUCCGAGGCGAUUGAGGACUAUGUGUUCAUCGCCCGAGUGGACGAUUUCGAGUCCUUCCUCCCUCGGAUCGGUGGUCUCCGCAAGAAAGUUAUGACUCUGAUGCGCUUGCUGGGCGGCAAGGCAGAUGUCAUCCGCGGAUUCUCGAAGCGCUGCAAUGAACAGUACUCGGUGACACCACGCGGCGACAUCGGGCUGUAUCUGGGCGAUAUCCAGGAUCACGUCGUGACCAUGAUGUCGAACCUGGGGCACUUUGAGAAGAUGCUCAGUCGGUCGCACACUAACUACCUGGCCCAGCUGAAUGUUACCAACCUGGUGCUGGGCAACCAUGUCAACAAAGUGCUCAGCAAGGUCACGCUGAUUGCCACGAUUCUAGUUCCGCUCAACUUGAUCUGCGGUCUCUUUGGCAUGAACGUCCCCGUGCCAGGAAAGGACUCGGAAGGACUCAGCUGGUUCUUUGGGAUCAUCGGGGUGAUUGGUGGGGUGGUGGUCGUCAGCAUGGCUGCUGCUCGGUACUUUAAGCUUGUUUGA